UUAACUAUGGGAUUGUCUAUAUGGUCUAUAUCGUCUGUGUAUUCGGUGAACCGUGUGUUGUUUAUUCGUGUGAUCUCUGGCCAAUAACCGUCGUGGAAGGUUUGAUCGGUUUGAUAGCGAAAGGAAGGGUGGAGGAAAGGGAAAAGUGUGUUUAUUGUGGCGUAAAUGGUGGGCUGAAUUGAAAUAACUUAGACAAAGUUAUUGUGAACGUAGUGUUAUUAUGGAUGCGAAUGAUUUGUUUUACAGUUGUAAGAGAGGAGAUCUGAAUAGAAUAGAGUACCUUGUAGAACAGAAGGAAGUGAAUCUCAAUGUCCGUGACAAAUGGGAUAGCACCCCCCUGUAUUAUGCUUGCUUGUGUGGCCACAUUGAUAUCGUACAGUAUCUGUUGGCUAAUGGAGCUAGGUGUGAAGCAAAUACAUUUGAUGGUGAACGUUGUUUAUAUGGAGCAUUAACAGAUCAAAUUAGAAGAAUGCUGUUGAACUAUAAAAUUGUCACAAGUCACACGAUGCGGAGAGAUUUGUAUGAUGAAUUUUUGAGGAGACUUCUGGAGACUGGAGAGCUGAGCGAUGUGACAUUUGUAGUGCAUGGCAGCACUUUCCACGUUCACAGAUGUGUGUUGGCAGCAAGAUGUGUCUAUUUUUGUAAGAAAUUUGAAACGAAGUGGAAGAACAGACAUGUCAUCAGUAUUAGAAAUAAUCUGGUAAGGUGUGCCGAAAAGUUGCUGUUUCUUAACCUAAAGAAUUUCUAAUGCAGAAUCUUUCUC